AAUAAUUCGUUACAAAUCAAAUCAGAGUGUUCUGUAUUUUACCUCAAAAACAAUUUUUUCUAGGACUAAAACUAGUUAUGAUUUAUUUUCACUUUUCGAAAACAUAAUUAUUAUAUUUCAAAAGGUGAUUAUGAAUCAUAGUAUAGAAUCCAACUUGUACAGCAAAGUUGAUGACAAUGAUGGAGAAACUGACAACUAUGUCACUUGUCCUUUACUCCAGCUCAAAUUUUCUAGACCAAGGAAACCUAUUACUAGUCGAUUAGGUCAAAAGGGUAGAUCUUUAAGACAUAUCAAUGAUAACCAGCCACUACAUGAAAAUAGAACAGUAGAAGCUGAUCUAGGCGGAACAUUUCAAUUACGAACUCCUGAAAAAUUAGUGAGCGAAUUUAAACUUCUAGAUUUAGUUCAUGAUACACCAUUUGUCCGUCCUGCAGUUAAAACAAGAAAUGAUAGUUCAACAGAAACUUCAAGUGAUACUUUCAAGAACCCUCAGUUUAGUAAUUUAAACCUUAAGCCUAACUUACAACUAAGUACAAAACGAUCACUAUACAAUAACAAAGAAAAUUUUCAUGAAAAAACAGAUGAAGUAUUAAAAACACCUGAAUCUCAAAAAUUAUCACAAAGUAGUAUUACUACAACACCAAAUACUAUUAAAAAUAACAAUUUUUAUGAUAUUACUACAAAAUGUACCCUUAAAGAAGAUACUUGCUAUGUAUCUCCUGAAACUUCUAGAUACAAUUAUGAUACUAGUUUAUAUCAUAGUGUUAGAGAAACAAAUGUUUUACCCGAUUCAUCUUGUUUGUCAUUAAUUAGCAAAAAUCUUGACAAACAAUUUGAUGAAUUUGCUUCAUUAACAAAGCGAGCUGAAACCCAAUUAGAUGGCUCAUCAUCUCAAACAUCACUUGAGCUUUCUCCUGCAGCCAAUCGAAAUAAUUUUGCAAUACGUGCAAGAUCUCCUAUUCGUCCAACUCCUGUGGUUUUUGUUCAAGAUGGAGAUUUCAAGCGACCCAUAGCUACACAGGCAAAUAUAUGUAUAAAAUGUGCUAAUGAAAAUUUUAUUUGUGUCAAAGGAAUCAACUAUAGUAUACUCAAUACUCUUGGUCAUGGAGGUUCAAGUAUAGUAUAUGAGGUAUUACAUCCUGAAACAAAUCAAGUUGUAGCUAUUAAGAAAGUAGAUUUAACUGAAGUUGAAGAUUUAAUUGCUAAAGGGUAUUUAAAUGAAGUAGAUUUAUUACAAAAUUUACAAGACUGUGAAAGUGUUAUACGAUUGUUUGACAGUCAAUAUACAACUAAAGAGAGAAUUUUAUAUAUGGUAAUGGAAAAAGGUGAUACAGAUCUUUCAAAGUUGAUUCGUAAUACUAAGCGAAUGUCAGUGCAUAUGAUAAUGUAUUAUUGGUCUGAAAUGUUAAUUACCGUUAAUGAAAUUCACAACAAAGGUGUUAUCCAUUCAGAUCUUAAACCCGCUAACUUUCUUUUAGUCAGUGGCCGGUUGAAAUUAAUUGACUUUGGAAUUGCAUCAAAAAUUCAAGGAGAUAUGACUAGUGUGUUAAAAGAUGUUACUACAGGUACAUGGAAUUAUAUGAGCCCUGAAUGCAUUAAAAGUGGAGGUUCUAACUUUCAAGGCCAUAAGAUAAAUCAAAAAUCAGAUGUCUGGUCAUUAGGAUGUAUUUUAUAUAGCUUAAUAUACGGUAAGACACCAUACUCACAUUUGACUAACACAUGGCAAAAAUUACAAGCCAUUGCUGAGCCAAAGCAAAAUAUAAGCUUUCCAAGUAAUAGUAAAACAUUUCCUCAAGGAGUACCUCCUGUUCUCAUGCAAACUAUACAAAUUUGCUUAAUAAAAGAUGUUAAAGCUAGACCCAGUGUAAUGGAUCUUUUAAAGCUUGUUGAAAAUACUGUAUUUAAACCCAUGACGUCGUAAAAUAAUGAUUUUUUUUUAAUUUAGUAUAUUUUUGUAUUUAAAUUUACAUUUUUCACUAAUACACUGAAAUUUGUUAAUUAUUUUGAGUAUUAUUUGUUGAAUAAAAUAAUACUCAUAAAUAUAUUCAUACUUGUAUAUAUAUUCUUAUAUAAUUGUUUGGUUAGUAAAAAUAUAUUAUAUAAAGAAUCGACAUCGUUGAAAUAAUUUUAAAUAAAUUUUUCCCUGACACAAACUCAAUAAAUUGUAGUUUAAGACUUGUAUAUAUGUAUAGUAUUUUUAUUUCAAUAAUAAAACAAUUGCAUUG